CCGAACACAUAAUUGUGCCAAUCAACUCUCGCCACAUCCGUCGUUUUCCAAUAUUCACCUCCUAACGAAUUUGCGCUGCCCUAUUGACGCUCGCCUGUUCCGACCUGCGUCCGCACCAUUUUAGCUCCUCUCCCGUCGUCUGCGUUUCAGAUCUCGAUCUCCUCCCGUCUCCGUGAUCUGGAGGAUUUUCUCCCCGAUUGAAGUUCCAACUACAUCAUGGAGUCGACCUCUCCGCCUUUCGCCCUGGGGCCUCCUAGGCAGCGUCCAGGGAUGGUGCCCAACGCUACCAGCGUCCCUCAAACUCCCCAGAUCGGCCAACCGAUGGCCUCCUCAUCCAUCCCGCCUCCGUUCGCGACGGCUUUCCUCGGCUCCUCCCGCCCAGCCCCUACCCCUUUCGCAUCCCGCCCGCCUCCACCAGGGGCCAUCCCACAGGGACCGAUCGCCAGCAACGGGCCUCCAAAUUCCGGAUUUAUUGCUCCUCGGGCCUUCCCUCCGCCUUCAGCACAGCAGGCGCCGGCUUUGGCCGCCUCGUCAUCGAUCAGGGCGCCCCCUCCGUCUGUUGCACCUACUCAAGGUUCGGGCCUCCGGCAGUAUCCUGGAAGUCCACCUUCCGGGGCUUCCAUGGCAGCUGCCGCAUCUCCGUUUAUGGGCCCUCCAGCAUCUCAACAGUUUGGAAGACCGCCUACCUCCCAAUCACCCUUCUCUGGUCCUCUGGCACCACAGCUUCCUUUUGCUGGACCACCGUCCUCACAACGUCCUUUGGUUGGAUCGAUGAACUCACAACUGCCCCUUGCCGGACCGGCUACCUCACAGUUGUCCUUUGGCGGACCGCUCUCUUCGCAGUCGCCUUUUGCAGGACCACCCACUUCCCAGGCGCCCUUUGCAGGAACUCCAACUUCACAACCGCCCUUCACUGGACAGCCUACUUUGCAGCGGCCCUUCGCCAGAUCGACCACCCCUCAGCCACCCUUCGCCGGGCCGCCCACCUCUCAGCAAUUUGGUGGACCACCCACUCAGACAUUUACCGGUCCGCCAAUUUCACAGUUUGUCAGUCCACUAACCUCGCAGCCGUAUUCAUCUCGGCCAUCUUCACCAUCGUAUAUGGCCACUCCAUAUUCACAGCCAUUUUCCAAGCCUCCAACCGUGGGCACUACUUUUGCUUCUCCAGUUUGGCCAUCUCAGCCAGGACAGGUGGUUCCUUCCUUGCCUGGUAAUGUGCAAGCACCUCCUAGGAUGUUUGGCGUGCCACCAGGCAUGCCAAGUCAACAAAUUCCUCCAGUCCCACCUGCUAUGGGCCAUUCAGCCCUAGCAGGGCCUCAGGUCUCCACACAGUCAAAGAUAGAUCCAAACCAAAUUCCUCGACCUUUGCCAAGUUCGUCAAUCACACUAUUUGAAACUCGUCAGGGAAAUCAAGCAAAUGUACCUCCGCCUGCAACCAGCAAUUUUGUUGUUAAGGAUAAUGGAAAUUCCAGCCCUCGUUUGAUGAGGUGCACACUGAAUCAGAUUCCAUGCACUGGGGACCUUCUAGCUACCUCUGGUAUGCCUCUCACCUUAAUGGUGCAACCCUUGGCACUUCCACAUCAAUCGGAGGAGCCUAUCCAAGUUGUCGACUUUGGUGAAAGUGGACCUAUUCGGUGUUCUAGAUGCAAAAGUUAUAUAAAUGCUUUCAUGAGGUUCACUGAUCAUGGGCAAAAAUUUAUUUGCAAUUUAUGUGGUUUUACCAAUGAAACUCCACGGGACUACUACUGUAAUCUUGGGCCAGAUGGUAGGCGUCGUGAUGCAGAUGAAAGGCCUGAACUUUGCAAAGGAACAGUUGAAUUUGUUGCUACGAAAGAAUACAUGGUUCGUGAUCCCAUGCCUGCUGUCUUCUUUUUUCUCAUUGAUGUUUCACUGAAUGCUGUACAAACUGGUGCAACUGCUGCAGCUUGCAGUGCAAUCAGUCAGUCUCUGGCGGAUCUUCCUGAUGGUCCAAGGACAAUGGUCGGUAUUGCAACUUUUGAUUGCAGUAUUCAUUUUUACAAUCUGAGACGAGCCUCGCAGCAGCCUUUGAUGCUCAUUGUGCCAGAUGUUCAUGAUGUUUAUACACCUCUUCAUACUGAUGUAGUGGUUCCCCUUACCGAGUGCCGUCAAAGUUUUGAACAGUUACUAGAGAGCAUCCCAAGUCUGUUUGAAAAUAAUAAGGUUGCUGAUUCUGCAUUCGGUGCUGCAGUCAAGGCUGGAUUCUUGGCACUUAAACCUACAGGAGGAAAGCUUCUUGUUUUCCAGUCAGUCUUGCCAUCAAUUGGUAUUGCAUCUCUUUCUUCCAGAGAAGCUGAAGGGAGAACGAAUAUUUCUGCUGGUGAUAAGGAGGCACAUAAGUUGUUUCAACCAGCAGACAAGACACUGAAAACAAUGGCCAUUGAGUUUGCUGAGCACCAGGUUUGUGUUGAUAUAUUUAUCACCGCUCAGACUUUUGUGGACAUUGCUUCCAUUUCCGUUGUUCCUGGAACUACUGGAGGACAGGUAUAUUAUUAUUAUCCAUUUUCUGCUGUCUCUGAUCCUGGGAAACUCUACAAUGAUCUUAGAUGGAAUCUUAGUAGACCCCAAGGUUUUGAGGCAGUGAUGCGGGUUAGAUGCAGCCAGGGCCUUCAAGUUCAGGAAUAUGCUGGAAGCUUUUGCAAGCGCAUUCCCACUGAUAUUGAUCUUCCUGCAAUAGACUGCGAUAAAACUAUAAUGGUUACUUUCAAAUAUGAUGAUAAGUUCCAGGAGAAUUCAGAAUGUGCCUUUCAGUGUGCACUUCUUUACACUACUGUGUAUGGUCAAAGAAGAAUUAAAGUUAUAAACCUCUCCCUUCCUUGCACUAGCAUGCUUAGCAAUCUUUUCCGUACAGCUGACUUGGAUACCCAGUUUGCCUGUAUCCUCAAGCAAGCGGCAAGCAGCAUCCUAGUGAACUCGCUUUCUCAAGUCCGUGAGCAGAUCAUAAACCUCUGCAUCAACAUCUUACAUGCCUACCGUAAGUUUUGCGCGACAGUAUCAUCUUCAGGCCAGCUAAUUCUUCCUGAAGCUCUGAAGCUAUUGCCUCUCUAUACACUAGCUUUGGUUAAAAGCAUUGGUUUACGCAAUGAUGGCCGGUUGGAUGAUCGUUGUUAUUGGGUCAGCCAUGUUAUGUCACUUUCCAUUUCUUUGGCUAUUCCAUUAGUAUAUCCCAGAAUGAUAUCUAUUCAUGAUCUUACUGAGAAGGAAAAUGAUGGUUCUCUUUCAUCUUCCACAAUUCCUCUCUCAAGUGAGCACAUAAAUGAUGAUGGAAUAUAUCUUCUUGAAAAUGGUGAAGAUUGCUUAAUCUAUGUUGGAAACAUGGUCAACCCAGACACACUUCAAAAAUUGUUUGGAGUAACUUCUGUCGAUGGGCUUUCAACUCAGCUUGUAUUGCAGCAAUUUGAUAACGACUUGUCAGAGAAGCUAAGUGAUGUCAUUAAUGAGAUAAGGCAGCAGAGAUGUUCAUACCUGCGUUUGCGACUAUGCAGGAAGGGUGACCCCACAGGCACGCAUUUCCUGUCGUAUAUGGUUGAGGAUAAAACUCCUGGAGGCCUCUCUUAUGUUGAGUUCCUUGUACAUGUUCACCGGCAAAUUCAAACCAAAAUGGCAUGAUCCAGAUGUAUGUUAGUGUAAAAGAUUUUGAUCGUUAUUCGUCUCUUUGAUUUUGUGGAGCUUGCUAUAACCAAAAUGGAUGAGACAGAAAGCAGCAGACGCUUCCUUGCUGCUCAUCAGGAAUGAAAUGGCAAUUAUUGGUGUUUGCUGCAGCUUCCACAAUUUCCAGCACUUAAAGUUGACAAUUGAAGACGUCUCUGCGAGUAAAUUUACCUGGUUGGGAUCUCUGGACCUUGUCUUUGAAAAUUUUCCUUUCAACGUUACUUUUAGACAGGUGGUGUAUGAUAUCAACGCAGAAGUUGGGGCUUAGUAAUAAAAGCGUUUUCGUUGGUACUCAUGUUUUGAUGAGAUUGUUCCAAUUUAUAGUUUCAUUUUUUUUUAUGUAUUUUUCUAAUAGAGGUCAUAACCAUUGCAAGUAUUAUUGUUAAACAUGGUUAUUGAUGAGUGUUGUAUUAAUGUCAUUUUUAUCUUUGUAGUU